CCAGCCUGUUGUCUCUAGGCGCUCGACCUGACACUGCCCGCCGGCCUCAACACCGUCGAGGUGGUGCAGGCCGUGGGCGCCAACAUCUUCAAAAUCAACCCCGCCGCCUUCGCGCUCACGAUCGGCGUGAUCGGCACGAUGCACGUCAUUCCCAAGAUCCACCCGAAGAUACCGUCGGCCCUCGUCGCAGUCGGCGGAGCCACGGCCACAACGAAGCUGCUCGGGCUCAGCGCGACCUCCAUCGGCGCGCUGCCGAGUGGGCUCUCCGCCUUCACGCUCAGCAUGCCGACCCUCCCGCCCGUCGAGUCGCUGCCUGCGCUCGGCGGCACCCUCCUGCUCAUCUACGCCAUGACGAGUGCGGAGACGCUCCUCUCGUGCACGGCCCUUGACCGGCUGCGGCCGACCUCAUACAAGCACAACCCCGACCAGGAGCUCAUCGGGCAGGGCGUCGCCAACAUCACGUCGGCUGCUUUCAUGGGCAUGCCCGUCACCGCCGUCAUCGCGCGCUCGAGCCUCAACAUCAAGCUCAAGGCGAACUCCCGCCUCCCCGCCCUCGUCCAGUCGGCUUUCGUCUUUGGCUCUCUCGCGCUUUACUCGGACGUCAUCUCGGCGGUCCCCCUGUCCGCUCUCGCGGGCGUGCUCAUCUCGUCGGGUGCCGGGAUGCUGCAGCCCGCUGAGCUCAAGAGCUGCCUCGCCGACGACAAGUACAACAUCGGGCCGUACCUCGUCACCACGGGCGGCAUGCUCACGAUGGGCAUGGCGGAGGGCAUCGUCCUCGGCUGCGCCUCGUCGGCCGCCAAGCACCUCGUGCAGCAGCACCUCCUCGCCGCCGGCGGCGGCGGCUGGGUGGUCCACGCUGAUGAGGCCCCCCCCAAGGCGCCAGUCCCCUCGCCCGGCACGCGAAAGGAGGCCUGACUUGCCAGGGCGGCAGGUCAGCGCACGCUACGUACGUGUACGUGUGGUGUCACCGGCGCCGAUUCCGGUGAACGCCCUGCGGUCUGAGGCCGCGCAGCCGGGAUGCUCUCUCGUCGGGCUCGGGCGGUGGUGCCUUCUUUAUAGGCGCCCUUGACCCAACAUUGAAGGUACAUAU